GGCGGGAAUAACCCCGGAAGUGGUUUGCGCGCGCUCCACCCCCCCACCACCACCACUACUCCUCCCCCAGCAGUGGGGGGGGGGGGAAGUCAUUGCUCAUGGCGGACAGCGGAGUGAACGCGUCGCGAGCGGAAGUCAGUCCAAGGCAGGAGGAGGCAGUUGCUGGUGGAGUGAAGAGGAAUUCUCGAGAUUCAGAUGAGGAGGAUGGAGCCACUGCUGCUAAGCGUGGACCGGGGCUUGGCAGCGUAGUCGCCACUCACUACAAUCAGCUCCAGGAGGUCGGGCGAGAUGCGCGGAGCCACAGCCGCAUCCUCUACAUGCGCAACUUCAACAAUUGGCUCAAGAGCGUGCUCAUCAAUGAGUUUGUGCAGAGGGUGCGGGCGGACGGGCGUGGAGGAGCGCUGUCCGUUCUUGACCUCGGCUGCGGCAAGGGAGGGGACAUGCUCAAGUGGCGUCGCGCCUCCAUCGGCCACCUCGUCUGCGCUGACAUCGCUGCGACGUCAGUGGAUCAGUGCCGGCAGCGGUACAACGACAUGCGGGGACGCGGCGGAGGAGGCCCCAUCUUCUCCGCCGAGUUCAUCGCUGCCGACUGCAGCAAGGAGCUCCUGUCGGACCGCUUUGAGGACCGCUCGCGCACCUUCGACCUCGUGAGCUGCCAGUUCGUGUACCACUACUCGAUGGAGAGCCAAGCGCAGGCAGACACGAUGCUGCGCAACGCCUGCGAGCGUCUGAAACCGGGAGGCAUCUUCUUCGGAACGACGCCGGACGCCCGGGAACUCGUGAAGCGUCUGAUGAAGGCGGAGGGGCUGUCAUUCGGUAACGAGGUGUACUCGGUCCGCUUCCCCGACAAAACCUCGUUCCCCCUCUUCGGGUGCAAGUACGACUUCCACCUGGAGGGCGUGGUGGACUGCCCCGAGUUCCUCGUCUACUUCCCUCUCCUGCAGGAGAUGGCCAAGAAGCACGGCAUGAAGCUGCUGAUGAACAAGACGUUCGCCGAAUACUUCCGGCAAAAGAGCCAGGAGAAGGAGCACAGGAUACUGAUGGAGAGAAUGCAGGCGAUGGAGGCGUACCCACCAGGGCCAGGCUCGAGUCUGGUGAGCGGCAACCUUGAGGACUACGAGCACGUGAAAACCAGCCUGAAGGAGAGCAACCAGCCCCACGGCAACGUGGGAACGAUGACGAAGUCGGAAUGGGAAGCCACAAGCCUCUACUUGGCCUUUGCCUUCGUCAAGGAGAAGUGAGCAGACCAGGAAGCCGGUGGCAUUCGCCGCUAACCCUGAGGUGGCGAAGAAGUACGCAGUGCCGGUUGUUGUUUGGCCUGUGUGGUGUAAAGAUGUACGCACGACAACAACAACAACAACCGCCGUUCGCCACGAAGGGGCGGUGACGUCACCGUGGCAAUUGUGCCCUGCUAGGUGCACGCACACACACACACGGUACCACCACUCGCUAGGUGUCUGGGAAGACGUCUACAACACUCGCAUACACGCACACUUAGAACAAAGACAAAGAUCCCUCGCGUAGCCAUACAGACGAUUGGGGCAAGUGCCGUCGGCGGGCACACAUUUAAAAUCUUGCACGAGGGGUUGAUGCGGGCAGAACGACGCCCCGGUCGCUUUUGUCUCUCCUGUGGCUGAUGUUUAUUGCACACUGUGCCAGGAUCUCAUUUAAGGUUGAGUCGAUCUAACACUUGCCACUGAUGUUAGCCGUGGCCAGGUAUCGGAUUCGGCUCGCCGGCCUUGUCGUGCUGCCGGGGAACCACUGACACACACACACACGAGCCACGAUGAUAAACACGUGGUGAACCAUUUAUAGACGACCCACUAAAAUAAUAGGGAGAAAAUAACAUUGUAAUUCAGAGCUUAUACAUUUACUUCCACCAACCUCAAUGCACCUGCUUUAUGUAAAUCGGUUAACAUGCUCCGGACGCGCUCUGUCCUACACAACGGGUUUAUGGUUUUCUUAUUUUUACAAAGCUUUUGAGAGGGUCAUCGGAAAUCGGUGGGAUAUCUGUAAAUGGAUUGCCUUGUAUAUUCCAACGAACCGGCAGGCAAUCUGAAGGUGCCCGCCACUGCAUCGUGUGCUGUCCUACGUUCAGACAAAUUAAUGCUCGUGAAACAUCGCCACAGUAAUCAUUGACCACUUCCUUAUAACAUGAAUUUACGGACGACAUUUUGCAGAAACUACGAAAAGACACCGAUAACCGAAUUGAUGUACGUCCUAAUGAUAAUUCUCGGAGGACUAGAGGUUAAACGUGAUGGCUUACAACCGUAGGGGAAAAAAACCCAAUGUAACUGAUAUUGGCCUAAAAAAAUACCCCAGGUAAGGCCCACUGAGCUGUGUCGCUAUUUUUCAGACGCAACCUGGCCACAAGUGAUAGCGCCAAAGAAGUGACAGCAUUUUGAAAUGCAUGGCAAACCAAAUACUCGAAAAGGCAUGAUUCUAAAUGUGGAGGGGGAAAAGCGGAGGACGCGGAGAAAAAUCCACGCGACCACGGGGGAGAAGAUACAAAUUACAAAUAUGGAAGGCGUCGGGGUCGGGAUGAAACCCACAACCUCCUGUAUACAGGCAAGGGGGUUAACAUCUCACCACCGUGACGCUCAACUGGGACUUAGAUCUUGGCCACAUCCGCCCCCCCCCCACUCCGACAAACUUGGCAGGACCCUCCAGGCAAAAAAAAAAACAGUCUUGAGACUCUACGAGUCUUUCCUGGGUAAAGGAGCGUCAGAGCAGCAACAACAGGUUUAUGGUUGUAGCGAUGGACGAAUUUUAAUUCUCCGCAUUUUUUUUUUUACAUUUGGGCCCACCAAAAAAAAAAGUCAGACCGCGCAGGUCGAUUUGGUUUCAUUUGUUGCUCGGGGUCACCCUGGUAUGUUGAACUUCUUUCGCGCCGUGCAUAGCCAAGCACACGCAGCCACAUGUCGAGGUGCACGUCGCUCUCGGCCUCACGCUAAACUCGCACGGGCCCAGCAACUCGCUUGCGGGUGGAGUGGUGGCGCAGCGGUUGGCGCACCGCACCAUCAAACCCCCCAUCGAACUCAGUUCGAUUCCCGGCCACGGCUAACAUCAGUGACGAGCGAAAUCCGAAGCGGAGCUGCUGUGGCCCCUCCAACCCCGCCUUCUCAAACCUGCACCGACCAGAGUGGUGAAGUAGUCAAGCGACCCCCUGCUCCUCCCCCCCCCCCCUCCCUACACGUACGACACGGAGCAGGGCGGCCUUCAUCCAGCAGUUGAUUGACAAAGGGACAGCAGAAAUAAUGCCUCCGUUGUUACAAGGCAGUGUUGCGAGUGGCGGCACUCCCGUGUCCUUGCGUCUGUGUGGACCUUCGUCCCAACGCGAGGGAGCGGCAGUGCGUUCAGACGACACGUCGCAAGCCGCUUUGCACGCUCCCGGUCGUGUCUUCGCGUCGCACGCGCGCCGUCUGGCGGUCGAGGCGGCGUCCCGACGUUUCGCUGCACGUGUCGGGCAGCUUCCUCCAGCGACUGCUCCCGAGGAGGUUUCCGGUCCAUUCACGUGGGAGCGAAAACGUCGUUGGAACGCGGCGUUGAACGACACGCAGCCGCAGCAGCAGCAGCACGACCGCGCAAAAACCUAAUCGGCGUGGCCACACGGCUUCUCUCAGUUUUCGGGCAGAUGGUUCGGGAUUUUGUGGGAUUGAGCAAAGGUUGUUUUAGUGUUCAUCUUGUUUAGCAGACGUUUUGCUUUGCCAUCAUUUCCCGGAUUGCUUUGUUCAUCUCGUACGUACGGGAAAUAUUUUGCUCCUACUAAAAAUCAGUUUUACGUUUGUACUUUUAGUCUCCGACUUGUGAGAGAGUCAGUAUUGUACUUUCGAUUGUCGCAAUGAACGAACGUUUGCCUGUCUUUCAUACGAAAAACCGUGAAUAUUACGUUUUGUAAAUUUCGUAAUGACGAAACUUUGUAGUUAAGCGCUCGGCGUGCGUGUAGAUAACGUCUUAUUUUCGUCUUCAUUUUAUUGCUUUGUCCCAUUUUCGCAGACCAGUAUUUAGGAAUUAUAGGCAUCCAAAAAGGUCAUUUGCUGUUGUUCCAUGAUCUGUGUGUUCCUUGCUCGCAUACCUCUUUUCCACUGCACAACCGAACCCCACCGGGGCCGUACCGUUGCCAGGCCUGCGUGGCUCAGAGGCACCAGGUUGUACUUCCACCACACAACCGAACCGAGCCAGGGCUGUGUUGAGCCAGCCCAGCCGAGCCCGGCGUGGGUCAGGAGGCGCCAGGUUGUUUUUCCACUACCGAGCCAGGGCCGUGCCAUGCCGGCCCUGGCGUGGCUCAGGAGGCGCCAGGCCCUUUAUCCCACUGCAGAAGCAGUGCCGAGCCGUGCCCUGGAUGUCACGCUGAACAAACGAUUCAGUGAUGCUCGUAGAUAAUACAGUGACAGCGUCCUCACAGAAUACCGACUGACGUCACGCAAAAUUACCCUGUUUGGCUCGGUAAUGGCAAAUUGCCAGUGGAAAACCGAGAAUCCCACGCUGGCCCGGCUGUGAUGUGCUAGUGGAUAAAAGUAGUAGCGAGCGUAAUUCCAAGCAUGCGGUUCCAUAUAUAUACAGUCACAAACGCAAACACGAGGGUGGCAAAUGACCCAUAUAACCCGAAGUGCGCCCAGUUGCGUGCGAUCUCGCAAGCUAAGCAAGCUGGGGGGUGCCUGGACAGUGCUUGGAGAUGUCGUGCUCAGCAUGCACCAAAAGCAGGUGUUGGUGGGACAGCAGAUGGCAGUGCAGUAUAAUCCACUGUUGUUAUGUAGUACUACAGCAAUACUCUGCCAGACCGGCAGCUGACACACUGGGGCAUGUUUCUGAAAUCACCGCCCCAACCCUCGCCCCGUUCCGGCCAGCAGUGCGAGGUGGAUUGCAGCCACACAGCUUCGUCGAUCGGGCAGAUCGCUUGCGGUGUGGGUAAAAUGUGGGUCCCUUGCCGCCUCUGCCAUUGUAGAAGAGUAGGCCGAAUACCGUCAUCCUCAAGCGGCUGUCGCAUGUCGAUCCAGCUGCUGGAUGAGUGGCCUCCGUGCGUGGUAGCCAGUGCUGCAGCUUUGCCUUUCCAUCCGGGAGGGAGGGCGUUUUGAGUGACAUCAAAAUAAAAACGGGAAAGAUUGCGUUAA